CCCACAUUCCGCAGCAUCUUCUUCUUUACUUACUCAUAACAUACUGCCUUUUUUCUAUUCUACUACGUGAACAUGGCUUCCCCCCUCGCUUAAAGUGCUCGUACUCCCCCGUACGUUUUCGAUUAAAAUUUAAACAAGAAGAUUUUUUAUAACAACAAACCCAACCCCCCCCCGCCCUUUUCUACGAAACCGAAGCCCAACAUGGCCUCCCUUCCAUUGUCCCGAUGCGAAAAGCUCAAACGACAACCAUUGUCUAAACUCAAGCGAAAACCCUGCUAAAUUUUGAAAUCCAAGAACCUUAUUGCCUUUACCUUUAAUGGCCUCUACUCUUACUACUACUGCUACCCAGCUUUCGACCAAGAAACCCACUGAAAUGAUCUCGCAACACGACGUAUUCCAACAGAUCUUUGAGUCCCUUGUCCCGGACGUUCCCUCUGCUUCGGCUGGAGAUGCCCACUCCCUUUUGGAUGAGUGGUUGGCGGAGGAUCUGACCAAGACUGGUCUCCUGUCCUCGGACUCUUCCGUUACCUCUAGCCCAGAGAUUGCUACUCCUUUGGAUGUCUUUUUGACCUCCCCCACUGCUAAAUCGGAUGUUCUUAUGUUCUCGCAACAUAAUGGCUAUGCCUCUCCUUUGUUCGAUGACUUGUCUGGCCAGCCCUCGCCUGCCACUACUGUGAUGUCGGCUAUGCCUACCCCCCAAGUCAAGCUCGAGACCUACUCUCCUGAGGUCGAUCCUUCCAUGGAUAUGUUUGCUGAUCUUCAACAGCAAGCUAUAUUGAGCUCUCUUGGCUCUCAGCUGCAACACCAUCCCCUCACCCCUCAAACCACCCCUGCUGCCCUGCCCAAGCCUACCAAGAAGCGCGCCGCUUCAGUGGUGACGGAUGGGGAUAUGGAUGACGCUGCUGUCAAGCGACAAAAGAACACCGAUGCCGCUCGUCGCUCUCGAUUGAAGAAGGUUAUGCGUAUGGAAUCUUUGGAGUCCCGCGUUGCUGAUUUGGAGCGUAUGAACUCUCAAUUGUUGCUUCGUUCCGCUGUUCUCGAUAGUGAGAAGGCUGGUUUGGAAGCCAAGGCUCUUGCUGCUGAGCAACGCAUUCAUAGCCUUGAACAACAGUUGAUUGAGGCUCACAAGGCCCUGACCACUCGGAUAUAACGAACCAUAUUUUUUUUUUGUUUUUGUUCUGAAAUUUUUUUUUUAUCAUCUUUCGUUUAUCUCAACCAUUAUCUCUCUUUUACUGAAGUCUUCUUUUUUUACUCAUCAUUGUUAUUAUUUCAUUUUUAUCAUCUUUCAUUGGCCUUGUGAAUAUAUUAAUACAAAAAAACGUACUUGAUGUACUGCAAACUACAGUAUCUGAAAAAAAAAACUGCAUGGGAAACAUUUUGGUGGCUUAAUUAAACGGAUAUUUUUUCCAUAUCAUCUCCCACACAA